AUGAAAGCCAUCAGUCCUAUGAGAUCUGUCAGGAGCUGCUACGCAGCUGUGUGCUGCAUUUCGGAGCAGAGUCUCUCCAUCACCCGGAAUAAGCCAUCUAUGGAGGAACCCGUAGGCGCGCUGUGCGAUAUGAAUGACUGCUACUCCAAACUGAAGGAGCUGGUACCGAGCAUCCCACAAAACAAGUCCGUCAGCCAAGUGGAGAUUCUGCAACACGUUAUCGACUACAUCUUCGACCUACAAAUCGCGCUGGAAGACGAGUCUUCAGCGACAACCACGCCUGACUUGGUGCUGUCACUAAAGGUGAGGAUGGUUACCCGCUCCCGCCCCCGUGCAGAGAAACACAUCUCCACUUCACUCUGGGCAAGAGGACAAGAGGGCCAGAAAGAAGACGUGGUGUAA